GGUACCCUUGAAAGUAGAACAAGCGAACAAUGCACGAGAUGCCUUGGCUAAAACUGUAUAUAGUCAUCUUUUUGAUCAUGUGGUAAACCGAGUAAACCAGUGUUUUCCAUUUGAGACCUCUUCUUUCUUCAUUGGUGUUCUAGAUAUAGCUGGUUUUGAAUAUUUUGAACACAACAGUUUUGAACAGUUUUGUAUUAACUACUGUAAUGAAAAGCUGCAGCAAUUCUUCAAUGAAAGGAUUCUGAAAGAGGAACAGAACUUUACCAGAAAAAGAUCUGGGAGUCAAUGGAAGCAUAUAUGCCCCAUGUGGAUGUCUGUGACAAAGGCAGCUUUUUUUAGAUUAAACGUAUACUGCAACACUAUAAAGAAGGGGGCAUUUGUUUGGAAUACGAUUCCCAGGAAGUCUAAAUUGGCUGUUCACAGAAAUAUCAGAGACGAUGAGGGCUUUAUUAUCCGACAUUUUGCUGGAGCAGUGUGCUAUGAGACGACCCAGUUUGUGGAGAAAAACAAUGAUGCUUUGCACAUGUCCCUUGAAUCUCUUAUAUGUGAAUCCAAGGAUAAGUUUGUCCGGGAACUAUUUGAAUCUACCACUAAUAACAACAAGGAUCCCAAACAAAAAGCAGGAAAGCUUAGCUUCAUAAGUGUGGGAAACAAAUUCAAGACUCAAUUAAAUUUGCUCCUUGAAAAGCUUCGCAGUACUGGGUCAAGUUUUAUUCGCUGCAUCAAACCUAAUUUAAAGAUGACAAGUCACCAUUUCGAAGGGGGACAGAUUCUCUCUCAGCUUCAGUGUUCAGGUAUGGUGUCUGUUUUGGACUUGAUGCAAGGUGGCUUCCCAUCACGAGCAUCAUUUCAUGAGCUAUACAAUAUGUACAAAAAGUAUAUGCCUGCAAAACUAGCUCGACUGGACCCUAGACUUUUCUGCAAGGCACUAUUUAAAGCCUUGGGCUUAAAUGAAAAUGAUUACAAAUUUGGAUUAACAAAGGUGUUUUUUAGACCUGGCAAGUUUGCAGAGUUUGAUCAGAUAAUGAAGUCUGAUCCAGAUCAUCUAGCGGAGCUGGUUAAAUGAGUCAAUCACUGGCUUAUCUGCAGUCGCUGGAAAAAAGUUCAGUGGUGUUCUCUCUCAGUGAUUAAAUUGAAAAACAAAAUAAAAUACCGAGCUAGUGCCUGCAUUAAAAUACAAAAAACUGUUCGUAUGUGGCUUUGCAAGAGAAAGCACAAACCACGCAUUAAUGGACUAAUAAAAGUGCGUACACUGAAGAAGAGACUUGAUAAAUUUAAUGAAGUAGUAAGUGCUCUGAAAGAGGGAAAACCAGAGAUGAGCAAGCAGAUCCGGGAUCUGGAGUUAUCUAUUGAUGCAUUGAUGGUCAAGAUUAAGGCCACUGUGAUGACUAGGGAACAGAUACAGAAAGAGUAUGAUGCUCUAGUUAAGAGCUCAGAGCAGCUUCUGAGUGAGCUACAGAAAAAGAAGCAGCAAGAGGAGGAAGCAGAGAGGCUGCGACGCAUCCAGGAGGAAAUGGAAAGAGAAAGGAAAAGACGUGAAGAGGAGGAGCAACGUCGCAGAAAGGAAGAGGAGGAAAGGCGACUAAAAUCUGAGAUUGAGGCAAAGAGAAAACAGGAAGAAGAAGAGAGGAAGAAGAGGGAAGAGGAAGAAAAACGUAUUCAGGCUGAAAUUGAGGCACAACUAGCUAGAGAGCGUGAAGAAGAGACCCAACAACAGGCAGUCCUUGAACAAGAACGUCGUGACCGUGAACUUGCGAUGAGAAUUGCACAGAGUGAAGCAGAGCUCAUCAGUGAUGAGGCUCAGCUAGAUUUAGGAUUGCGAAGAUUGGAUGCUGAAAUUAUUCAGCCUGUUCCAGUAGUUGCUAAAGUCAAUGGAACAAGGCCUCAAAUGACUGAGGAACAAAUGGUCAAAGAAAUGUCAGACGUUUUGUCUAGGGGUCCUGCAGUUCAAGCUACAAAAGCUGCGGCUGGCACUAAGAAGCAUGAUCUUAGUAAGUGGAAAUAUGCAGAACUUCGUGAUACAAUCAAUACUUCCUGUGAUAUUGAACUACUGGCAGCUUGCAGAGAAGAGUUUCACAGGCGACUAAAAGUAUAUCAUGCAUGGAAAUCCAAGAAUAAGAAACGUAAUACAGAAACAGAACAGCGUGCUCCAAAAUCAGUCACUGACUAUGAUUUUGAACCAUUUUUCAACAACUCAACUCAACAGAACCCAACAGCUCAGUUGUCUGCCAGGCAACAGGAGAUUGAAAUAAACAGACAACAGCGUUACUUCCGUAUUCCCUUCAUUCGCCCAGCAGACCAGUAUAAAGAUCCUCAGAACAAGAAGAAAGGUUGGUGGUAUGCACAUUUUGAUGGGCCUUGGAUUGCUCGACAAAUGGAACUUCAUCCUGACAAGCCACCUAUUCUGCUUGUAGCGGGGAAGGAUGAUAUGGAGAUGUGUGAACUAAAUCUGGAAGAGACUGGCUUAACUCGAAAGCGUGGUGCUGAAAUUUUGCCGAGACAGUUUGAAGAGAUUUGGGAGCGCUGUGGAGGCAUCCAAUAUCUUCAAAAUGCAAUUAAGAGUAGACAAGCUCGCCCUACUUAUGCAACAGCUAUGUUGCAAAGCCUAUUAAAAUAGUCACUUUGCACAUUGAUAUUAGAGUUGAGAACUCUUACCAUGGUAUAAAGGGAAGAGUUCCUCUAUGCAACAGAGGAUUUAAACAUUCUGUAAUUGUGUUAGAGAUGUUUAAUUUAAAGUGAACAGAUUUUAUUAAUCAUGGGAGUUUAAUUUGUAUUUUUGAUGUUUAAUUUGUGUAGUGAACUCACUAAUUCUAUGGACCUUGAAGAAGUUUCAGUCAAGUCUGUUUGUUGCAUUUUCUUUGUAUGCUGCAUCCUUCUCAAAAGCUUCUGUUAUAAUGCUAACACUGUAAAAUAACACUAUUGUACUUAGGGUAUAUACUAGGAUAAACUCCAGUACAAAUUCCUUUUUAUAAAAUCCUCUUUCAAGGAUGGUCUAGUGAAGAGGGUACAAUGUAUCUUAUAACUGGAAUUGUGAGGCCUUAGCUUUAACUUCUUCUCCAAAGAAGUUGGAGUGUACAGUACUUCUGUACGAUCAAAGACAUUUUAUGUCCUGAUCUGAAAGCUGCUCAACAUCUGUAUGUACUGACUUUUUCAGAAACUUAUGGGAAAUCUUUAAUUUCUUACCUUGUUUCUUAGUUUAACUGACAUUGUUAUUGUAUAUGUUUUAAGAAGAGCACAUACGUAUUGGAAGUAUUGUGUAAUAAUGGAGGGACUCAAAGAUUGUACUGCACAGUUAGGCUUGCAUUUUUCUUUUUUAGGAUCUUUGGUUUU